AGGUAAACCCAGACAUUAUUUCAUCAGCGAAAUGGUGGACAGAGAAGAAUUGCGCAGAUAAUUCUUUUACAAAAAUAGUUAUUUCUGCUGUUAUAAAGAUAUAUUUCAUCUCGAGGGCUAGGCUUUGAUUUGGCCUGAGCCCUCAGCAAGGCUCUAAAAUGACAGCCAAAGUCAUUUCGAAUGUCUUCAAACGUGGGAAGGAUGUCAUUCGACUCGCAUUUUCGAAACAAUCACACAAUGUUGAAGUCCGACAACCAAAAACAGAACUGUUCCGUCUGCAUCCAUCUCAAGUCAUAGCUCCAAUAAGAAGCAUCUUAUUUACAAGUCGUGUGUCAUACAAAACGAUAGCGAGUCAGCUAAGACGGAGAGCAGCUUUCGAGUUUGGAAGACCACAACGACUUCCAUUUUUCGGCUUUGUUGGUUUGGCCUUGGCAACUUCGAAACAAAACGAUAAUGAAAAAUUGACAGAAGAUAUCAGAGAAGUACUACAGAACCAGAUCAAGACCAGUCCAAUUAUACAGCAACUGUCCCUAGACUCAUUUGACCUGGGUCAAGUUAUUGGUAAAGGAUGUAAUGCUGUGGUGUUUGAAGCUCGACAAAAAGAUGGAAAGGAGGUGACCCUAAAAUUUGAUAAUUCUUCAGAUUUUGAAAAAGUUGUUAAUUUACAAUCUAUGGUUGUUGAAGAUGAAGAAGAAGAUAAAUGGUACCCACCUAAUGAAGAAUAUCUGGAGGAAGAACCCAGCCAAUCAUUUUCUGUAAUUGACAUCAGUGAAGGGGAGACAACUAUGUCAAGUUUUUCAAUAAAUGAAAGCUUUUCCUUCAUUGAGAGCAGAGAGGGGACCCUAAACCAGCAUAACUUUGAUGAUGAAAUUUCUGUGGAGAGUAUGUCUAUUUCAACUGAAUCUAGUGAUAUAGAGAGUGAUAAUACAGAAUCUGAGGAGGAAUGUGAUAAGUGGUCAUUUAUUGAUGAGGAAGGAAUUGGAACAGGGUCAAUAGAAGAUACCACACCAAUCAAGUAUAACCUGGCUAUAAAAAUGAUGUUUAACUAUGAGGUUGAAUCAAAAGCUGAUUCUAUAAUGAAGGCCAUGGAAAAGGAGACUGUCCCUGCUAGAGUUCCCAUCUACCAGUUAGGGGAUUCAUGGUACUUCAGAAACAGAGUAAGACUAAAAUCAUUACCACAGCAUCCAAACAUUGUCGACAUGAUUGGUGCAUUUGUUGAUCCCUUCAACGUGCCUCAGUUAUCAGUUGCCAUGGAAACCUAUCCAGCUGCAUUACCAAAGAGGCUGUAUUCAAGUGGAUUAGGACGUAAUAUGACAAUGUACAUUGUGAUGAAGAAGUAUGAUAUGACAUUGAGAGAAUAUUUAGAACAACAUAAACCAGACAUAAGAACAAGAUGUCUCCUACUGACUCAGCUUUUGGAGGGAAUUGUCCACCUAGGGAAUCAUGGGAUAGCUCAUAGAGAUAUUAAAACUGACAACUUGUUUUUGGAAUAUUCGGAACAAUCAGUACCCAAGCUUGUAAUUGGAGACUUUGGAUGUUGUUUGGCAGACACAGAAUUUGAACAGAAACUUCCAUACUUUACAUCUGAUGUAGACAGGGGAGGCAACUGUUCAUUAAUGGCACCUGAGAUUUCGACAGCCAUUCCAGGUAGAGAUAUCUGGUUAGAUUAUAGUAAAGCUGACCUCUGGGCUGUAGGAACUAUUAUUCAUGAAUUGUUCUCUAUGGACAAUCCUUUCUAUGGGAACCAGUCUGGACAGGGUUUACUGGAUAGUAGAACCUACAGUGAACAAGAUCUGCCCUCCUUACCAGAAACAGUUCCCAAUAUUGUCAAGUUACUAGUAAGACUGUGUUUAUCUAGAGAUCCUACAAAGAGACCAACUGCUACUGAUGCAGCAAAUCUGAUGCAGAUUUAUCUGUGGUUACCUGAAUGGUUUGUUUUUAAGCCUGACAUGUCUGAUAUAAAGGAGCACCUGCUGAUCCUGACAGCUCAGGUCAUACUGCAUGGAAAACACAUGGACCCUGAUGACCAGCUGAUGUCAACAUUCCUACAGAGACUGAAGCUUGAGGACAUUAUCAGAAUUAUAGACAACUUCACUGAAGUGGAAUAUUGAACAUUGAUAGUUAAGUUGUCACAGGAUGUGAAAUAUUAUAAAUAUUGUAGUUUGUUAUUUUAUUUUGUUUAGACAUUUACAGACAUUGAAAAAUUUGUUAUUGACAAAUUCUUUUUAAUUGUACACACAAUCUGAUAUGAUUUGCACAUAAUGAUUUUGAACUAGGUUUGAGAUAGGAUGUUUCAUACUUGUCCUGAUUAAUUGUAUAUUUAAUUUUUAAAGUUUUUUAGUGUAUACACUUUAUAAGAAUGAUAUUUCUACAUGUUUUGUUUUAAAGUUUUUUUAUGAUAAUUUGAUAUAACAAAUCUUAUCAUAGUACCUAGAGAAAUUUCAGUUUAAUAUUGAAUAAUUAUGUUAACAUAGGAAAUUUUAAAUUAAGCCUUCAUUUAUAUGCAGGAUUCUUUGUGCAAAAUUGUUUAUCUGCAAGGUAAUGUUAAAUGAUUCUUUUACCUGAUGAUUUUUUUUUGCUAUCAAGACAGAUUAAAGAAUAUGCUUAUUACUCUAUCAACAUUUGAAUUUUUUUUUUGCACAAUUGAAGCAGAAAAGUCUACAUUGAUUUUGUGUUUAUAAUAUGAUGGAGAAGGGAAAAAUUUCUGUACUUAUCUAUAAAAUUAUGAUGGCUAAUAUAAAUAUUUUAGAGUGAAAAAUCAGGAUUCAAAUUGAAGUAACGGAUAAAUUCAAGAUCUGCAGGACUAUGAUUAAUUAAUUUGUUAACUGUUAUUGCUGAAGAAAAGAUUGAAAUAAAUUGUUUUAGUUGAA